UCACUACCGCACCUGCGCAGCCAUCUUGAGCUCCUAGCAAGCAACGGACACAGAAAGGCAGAAAAUAAGAGUAAAAUACGACAGCUUGACCCCAAGAAACAAGGAUAUGUCCGCUAGAAUCGAGGGUAUAUGAAACGAUAAAGGUCGAAUACAGUGGAACGACCUCAAGACGGUAACGGAGACGGUAAGACAGCCAUCCAAGUGCCUAGGAUACCCGGACCUACAAGACAUCUUUUUCGCCGGAGUAGGAAGGAAGAGUCGCCGACAGAAAAACACAUCUAGAGAGAAACCAUGAAUCCCGAAUAUGACUACCUGUUCAAGCUCCUGCUCAUUGGAGACUCUGGAGUAGGAAAGUCCUGUCUCCUGCUGCGUUUUGCGGAUGACACCUACACAGAGAGCUAUAUCAGCACCAUUGGUGUGGACUUCAAGAUCCGCACCAUCGAGCUGGAUGGCAAGACCAUCAAACUGCAGAUUUGGGACACUGCAGGUCAGGAGAGGUUUCGCACCAUCACCUCCAGUUACUACCGCGGAGCUCACGGCAUCAUUGUUGUAUAUGAUGUGACGGAUCAGGAGUCCUAUAACAACGUCAAGCAGUGGCUGCAGGAAAUCGACCGUUACGCCAGUGAAAAUGUCAACAAGCUUCUGGUGGGCAACAAGUGUGACCUGACCACUAAGAAAGUAGUGGACUACACAACAGCCAAGGAGUUUGCCGACUCUCUGGCCAUCCCCUUCCUGGAGACCAGCGCCAAGAAUGCCACCAACGUAGAGCAGGCCUUCAUGACCAUGGCGGCAGAGAUCAAGAAGCGCAUGGGCCCCGGGGCCACGGCCGGCGGAGACAAGCCCAACCUAAAAAUCGAUAGCACUCCCGUCAGGCAGUCCGGAGGGGGCUGCUGUUAAAAGACCCCUCGCUCCACACCCGCCCACCCCGACCAUCACCUCCACCAUUUCCACUGAAAUCUCCCUCUCUUCUCCGUCUGUGUUCCUUCACCCCCCACUCCUCCAUCACCCCCCCCCCCCCCCCCUGUUCGGCCUUCGGGAGCCCCGGGGAUGGUUGAUCAGAGGAGUAAACUGUAAGAUUGUUAAGUUCAGAACCCAGAUUGAAACUUAACAACGGUUAAUUCGGGCCCCUACACCCAACAAACACCGGAGAGAGGGACUGGGGGGGGGGGGGGGUAGACACCGAGGCCACUCUUACUUUCUGCCAAGAGGACAGAGAGGAAACAGAUACAGGGGAAGAUUGCUAUUGAUUUAGGAUGGAAAGGAGGCAGUGGAAGAUUAGGUUUAGAUACAAGUGAGCUGUACACACACACAUACACACACUGUAGUGGGGGGGGCAGAGGUUAAAAAGAGUUAAGCCUUUUGGCAGAACACUUCCCUCCUCAGGCUGUCUGUCUUUGCUGAUCUCAUCUUAGGGCCAUCUCGCCUUUCAUUAUUUACCUGCAUAAACACGCACACAAGUUCUGCGUAGCUGAGUCACACACACUCUGGAUGCUCUGCUCCUGGACAGUGACUCAUCAUUUUAAAUGUAUUGAUGGAGAUCCAGGGGAAAGCCUCCUCUCCCUCUCCUAAGGUGUGUUCCGACAGGAAGGGAAGGUUUCUCCUUCACCUGCUCUCCACAACUUCAUGUUACAGUGCUUGACUCACCCUCUGUACGGGCUGUCAGUUUAAAGGAAUGUGCCUCUGCCAACUACGAGCUAAUGACAGCACUUGGCUAACAGCCAAUCGUAUGGUCAACAGGCCCAACCACCUACACUUGGCAUCAAACGUGUGCCAUCCUCUUUCAUUGCCAAAGGCUCUGGACAUGCAUAAUGUAGUUUCCCCUCAAACUUUACUGUUCUUAAACUGUGGAUUAUAUGGAUCUAUUACUAUUAUUCAUUUCUGUUUAACUCCGUACCUCUACAACCACACUACCAGCUGGCAGGGCUGCAGGGGACAUACUUCACAUAUACAGUCUCACUAGCAUUAAGAAUUCCCCUCCCAUUCUGUCCGAACACACCUUUGAAGGGACUGGAAACACGAAGCAGUAGCCAUGUGACCAAUGACACCUGUUCACAUGUAGCUAAAUGAUGAAUAAGACCAUGGUCACACUUUUCAAAAUGAAUAUUCAACUCGCUUGACUUUCGUUUUAAAUGAGCGUUGACAAAUCUUUGCUUUGCAUAGAGCUCCACUUUAGUCGAAUAUCGCCUAAGUCAGGGGUCUUCAUUAGCUCAUGUGUGACAGUUCCUUAAAACAGUCAUCAUUGUCAGUUUACAUUCCAAAAGUUGUCUGAUGCAGUCCCACAUUUGCUCCACGGAAAAUAAGUUUCUGGAACCCGGCAAUGAUUUAAUUUGAAGCAUUCUGAGCAACAAGCUAGGUAGCAUAGCGGCUACUUGUGGGGCAAGCUAACCAGUUGCAGUUAGCAAGCCAGCUAGCUUGGUCACUACCAAAUUUACUCAAGAGGCCAGUACCAUAGAGUGUAUGGUACACCACGGCUAAUACCACAGCCAAAAUUAGAGAGAGAGAGAUCUAGAUGCAAAGACAGAUCAGACUUAGUUUUGAAGGAAGCAUUAACCGCUGCAUUCAUUAACUCCCCGCUCAACACCUGGGGGAGAAGAGGACUACCCGCAGGUCACUUAAUUCCACAUAUAGACGUCAGAGCUGGGUGGAGGCGGGGGUUGUGAGGACGGCUGUAUAUGGUGUUCUUUUUUAGUUUUCAUUUCAUACAUUCAAAGCAAGCAACGUGACAACAUGCUGUAACAUUUGGCACGGGGGCUUCCUGGAUACACUAAACAUCACAGAGCAGACUCAGAGGGCGGAUAUUUAACUUAAAUGAAAGCGAUGGGCGACAUUCUGCAUUGAUCUUACAAUUUAUUAUUGUUGUGGUUUUAUUGUUUUUUUUAUUUACUCAUGGAUACUUCUGAAGGAGACAACAUGUACACUUUGCUUAGACUCUCGAGCUCAGCGGGUGACGGAGUAGCUUUUAGAAUGUCAUUUCAUUUCUUGCUUGUUUGCAGAGGACGCUGAGGUGGAGAUGUGGUGUGGGUGUGUCUGUUUGCUGGUGGGUGGGUGGGGGUUAGAAAAGCUGCUGUUCCUUCCCUGAGAAUGUCAUCUCAAACGGUCGACAAUUUGUCCCUGUGCAUUUGGGGUGUCUGAUCAGAUGCUUUAGUUUUCCAGAUGUGAUUCUUUUGGGUCCUUUACAAUCCUUUCUGGGUGUACUUUAAAUAAGAAUAGGAUUAAGGAGGCAUAAGCAAAAGACCUUACUACAUUUUGAAAGAAUUCCCAUAUCAUUUAAAAUCAUAAACGCAUCUUUAAAAAACUGAGUAAACUCCUACUUAAGUGUGAAAGGAACAUCUUCAAUCCAUUUUACAAGACAUUUAUGUGAACAGAUUUGCUGUUCUUGCUAGGAAAUUGUCAUAAAAUGCCCACUGUUGGCAUAGUAAUGGUGAAAUGGCAAAGGUAUGAGAGUGUUUACAUGGCUGGACUGCUUCUCGUAGCUGUGUUAGGUCUAUUUCCAAGGAAACUAUGAGGAAUGUGAGGAAAAGAGCGUCUGCAGAGGGGCCUCUACACUGACGUAAAAACUCUGAGACCUCGGUAAUCUGAGCCACAGCCCCUUACCCCUCCCCAAAGAAGUGGAAACUGGCAUUAGGGCCUUCUCAGAACUCUUGCUUUUACUUUACCUCUGUGGUUCCUACACAGCAGGGAGAUCCAUGCUGAACUGAUGGCAUUCUGUUCCGGUCUGUUUCAUCACACGUGUUGUGUUCAGGGGCGUCUGGAGGUUCAGGGACUGACUGGUCUUGGUUUGCAGACCGGAUAUGAACUCCCAAAUCCAGGUCACCACCCUUUACUGCAGCUUGAUCAAUUAGAUAAAUCUGAAGCAGUUCAGGUUCACACAUUUCACUCAAACCUGAAUAUAGACAGGUCCACUUCACCCUCAUGGCCCUGUCAGAAAGUAUCAACUCUGACGUGAUCAGAGGAGUUGACUACUGCCCAUUGAUCGUGUGUGUGUGUGUGUGUGUGUGUGUGUGUGUGUGUGUGUGUGUGUGUGUGUGUGUGUGUGUGUGUGUGUGUGUGUGUGUGUGUGUGUGUGUGUGUGUGUGUGUGUGUGUGUGUGUGUGUGUGUGUGUGUGUGUGUGUGUGUGUGUGUGUGUGUGUGUGGGCAUCAUUUUCCACAGAUGUUUUUUUCAGCCCUGUGAAGAGAAACUGGAAUACAGUGGUUUGCUUUUCAGGACUUUAAUCUCACAGAGAGGGAGGGAAGGAAACAGCUGUGUGUGUGUGUGUGGCUGUGUGUGUGUGUGUGUGUGUGUGUGUGUGUGUGUGGGGAGCUGGGUCAGGGUUGUGUGUAGGCUUUAUGGACACAUGUUGGCAUCACAUUUGAGUAGAUGCAGAACAAGCAAUUGUUAAAUAAUGAACACUUGACACACACACACACACACACACACACACACACACACACACACUCUGGAUGUUUUCCUUUUUAAAAUCUUUCUUUCAACAACUCUUGUUAUUCUACUGAUUUUAAUGUAUUCAUUGAAUACUGUGUUGUCUAGUCCAUGGAAGAAUGAGGAGGGGCAGGUGUGGGGGGGGGGGGGCUAUAGCUUAUGAAUGUGAUUCUGAUGAAAAUACACUUUUCUCUCUUAAGUUUUUGUAUUCAUCCGGGUGAAAGGGGGUAUGUUUGUCCAUGUCAUUUGCACACUCGUUCAUGGCUGUUGGAUGGCUUCUAAAGGCACUCACUAGGUGUUGUUUGUUAAUAAAAAGCACCGGGCACCAGCUGCCUGUCACUCACCCUCUGUCUUUCUUUCUGUUCGGCUUGUUCACUUUGGUGCUGUCUCCCUGCUGAGUUUGAUCAUGUUUUUUUUUCUGUACAUAUUAUAAAUAUAUAUAUAAUAAAAUGAUGAAAAAGAUCAACGUCAAAAUGA